UAGCUGCUGUUUGGCGGCGUGCAGCUGCAGGUCGUGACCAGUUCUGCUUUCAAACACCCGAGCACACAUGACCGCAGACUUCACCCACCUGUCCACCCACCGGAGGGACCACCCAGUGCCCCGGUGUCCGAUUGAGAAGUGAUGCAGUGACAGCAGAUGAUGUCUACAGACACUCUGAAAGAAAAACAAGGAUCUGGGUUUUCUCUGCAAAGGCUGCAAGUUGUUUUGGAUCCAGUUCCUGAAAGAGACGCCGGGUUCCCUCAACAGUUUUGGGGUUUGGAUAUCAACAUGGACGGCAUUGAACACUACAUCUGGGAGCGCCGCAUCCACCAUGGGGUCAGGUACCAGAAGAGCGCAGUCCCGUUCCCAGACUCUGUUGAAAUCGGUUUGGAGUUCAACGCGGCCCUGGAGAGGAAGGAAAAGUUAGAUAUGUGUCUGCUGACAAACAGCGUGAUGCUGGAGCUUUGUGAAUUUGCCAAAACGGUGACUAGGUCUGAGAUGUAUUUCUUGUUUGAAAUACUGGAGUUCAACUUUGACCUUGGUAUGGACAUGGUCGAUGAAUGGCAGUGUUACGACUUAACAAAACGCGUUCACACUAAAAUAAGGAUGCUGAGGGAUCAAAUCAAGUUUAAACCUCAUAGAUGGCUAGAAACAUUUCUACUGCCACCCCUGAGCAUUCCAGUAGCAUCCGCUGGGUCAGAGCAGUCUGAACGCUACUACCCUAAAAGGAACACUGUCGUGGAUAGUUCAGUCCUCACUGGAGGCAGCAAGAACAGCGAGUCUGCAGAACAUCAGGAUAUGGAGAGUAACACAGCUGCAAUAGUUAUAAAGAAACAAGGAGGAGUCCGAUUAAAAUCAACAGCUGAUGCUUACCCUCACUGUAAAGACCUCGGUGUGACUCUGGUUGUUCGACCAGACAAUGCACCCAAAGAGAAGCUGGACCCAAAUCUGAUAACCAACGGCGUGAUGAUGGAACUACUCGACUUUUCCAGAGUGCUCUGUGGAACCCACACUGGGAUAGUUUGCGACUUGGUCAAGCAAAACUUUGGUUAUGAGUUGGUAAGAACUCUGUUCCGUAUUCAAGUAGCCAGGCUGAUGGAGAGGAAGUACGCCUGCCAAACACCCGAGGACAAGAGCGCUUUCCGAAAGGAGGUUUUUCAAGUCCAGCUGAACAAACGGGAACAGAAGCCUAAAAAGAGAAAAGACCCUGACACAGAUUACCAAGAACUGGAAGAACCAACAAUGGCCAGUAAUAAAAGAGAGAUGCUGAGGCUCGAGGACGAUGAUGCAAAAGACAUCUGUCAGGAGAGCGACCUGUCAUACAUGUGUCCAGUUGAUUUUGAGACAGAAAUGCAGUCAGGUUCAGAUGCCGAACCAGAGAACGUGAAGUUUGAGAGUUCUAUGCCCGAAACAAAGUUUUCUCUGGAUGUAAAGGAGGAAGAGGAGGAAGUUUUCGUCUCCCCACGGCAGCCUGAAAUGAACGUCCACAACCCUUGUUUGUUUGACCUAUGUCCAAAGGACACAACUCUAAAAGAAAUCGGGAAUCUGUUUUCUGAAGACAAAAAUGAAGACGUGAAUGUAAAAACAUAUAAACAGAAGCUGUGGAUCAGACGUGUCCCUCGCUCAAAGGAAAUCCUGAAGUCUAGUAGAGUGAACGACAUGUUUGCCCAAUGCAGAGCGAGAGCUUUAGACUUCAAUAUCGGCUCAGGCAGCAAACAAAAUGUGGAUCUGCAACUUUUCACCAACCAGGUGUUGUAUGAAGUUUAUAAAUUUGCACUUGCAAUGACAAAGAGUUCACGCAAUUUCUUAUUCGAUAUUCUGGGCAACAACUUUAACCUUUUCUUCCACAAUGAAGUGCAUCAGCGCAAUUUUACAUCUUACAUGUUUGUGAAAGAAAAGAUCCUCCAGAACCACCCUGACAGAUGGAAAAUGGAGUUCCUCAGCAGCCCCUUUCAUUUCCCUGAAGUUUACAACAUGGUUGAUGUGACCAGUGAUUUUCAAACUAGACAGGAAGCUGAGACAGAGCAGCAAACAAAUGGGGAUUCACAGCCCUCAGAUUCAAGCCAGCAGGAAGAUAUGGAGCCACAUCCGUUUUGCAAAAAGUUUGGCCUCAACCUUUGGUCAACAGAAGAACGUUUGGCGAGCCAAAAGCUUGAUUUGACGGUCCUGACCUCAGGCGCUGUGCUGGAAAUAUUCGCCUUCAUCAGAGAGCUGUGUGGAUCGCUCAGGGAGCUAGUUAACGACAUCCUCGAGCACAACUUUGAUCUCGAUCUGCAAAGUGGAUUGACGGAGGCCUCACAGGUGAUCCAGAGAUGGUACUCCACCCAGAAAAGCUUGAUGAGAAAGUACAUCUCAUCACCAAAGGUAAGCAGGUGGUUUAAAAUGGUUGUCCCACUGAAUGGACACUUGCUGCUUGAUCCAGAACCACCAACUGCCAACAGCCUGGAGGAUCUGGAUUCAGAAGACUCAAAGCCAGAAGUGGAGGCUUUAGACAGAGAUGAGGAGAUAGAAGAGAAAAAAGUCAUCCGCUAUCACUUCUGCGAAGAAAUCGGAUUGGACCUUGAUGUCAACUCUAAACCAGGCAAAACAAAACUCGACUUGGGAGUGCUGACGAGAGGAGUCCUCUUGGAGAUGCACCAGUAUGUGGAACGAAACUGCAGCCGAUAUGUUCCCGCUCUGUACGAGAUUCUGGAGUACAACUUUGAUCUGAGCCCUCAGGGCCAUCGAAGGGUGGAGUUCGCCUGGUCCAUCGCGGCGCAGGUCAUCGCCAUCGCAGGUAAAAACGGCAGAAAUGGAGAAUACCUGAACAAAGUGAUAGAGUUGCCUUUCGAGGUGUCCGAGUCCUCGCAGAUCGUCUGCAAAGAGGAGCCGGAGGACGGCUUCGGUGAGCUGGACCUUAACGAUAACGACGACAUUAUGUUUGUCAGAGAACUGAAGCCUGUUGACAUAGAAGUGGAGAUAGAUUAGAGUCGAUAUUCUCUAAUAGAGUGCUACAGGGGUGACCUUUAUUUGUGGGACAAACCGGAAGUUAGCGUCACCUUGGUUUCCGCAACAAAAAGUCAAUGGAAUUGUUUCUUUGGGUUAUUGCAGAAAAUAAGAUCUGUGAUGAACAAAAGUUUAUGAUACUUGUUUGUUUUGUUCAGCAAGAUAAUCUCCACAAACACCACUAGGAUGAUUGAAGCAGAAAUGCAAUCACCAGAAGUACAAAGCUGGCGUUAGACUAUAAACGAACUACACUAGACGUUAGCGUCACCACCACAACAAGGCUGUAAAACUGUGUUCAGCGUGAUGAUGUUCUGUGUCUCAUUGGGCCACUUGUUAGCAACCGCCUUUUUGAAGACACAUAAAAGCUUCAGAGUUCAUGAAUGAGGUAUUUACUGUUGAACUUUAUGUCAAAGAACAAAAUGUUGAAGUCUUGUGUUAAUCACCGACCUUUUUUUAGAUAACUUACCAAAAACACGUUGACUUCAAGACGAGGCAACAGGAAGUGCAGAAACGCUAACUAAUUUUUGUGAUUUAGGACACAUGCAGCACUCUAUUAUUAAUGAGUCAUUUGCUUUGUAAAAUACCAUAAAAUUGUUUCCUAAAACCCAAGAUGACGUUCUCACAUCACUCAUUUAGUGUAAAACCUGAAGACGUUCAGUUUACAGUCACAUGUGACAAAGAGGAGCAGCAAAUAUCGUCAUGUUAGAAGCCAGAACUUGUUUAAUAUUUCUGCUUGAAAAAUACUCAGUUGAAAACAGCUGCCCAUUAUUUGUCUGUCAGUCAAUCAAGUCAUUGCUUCAGCAAUAAAAAACAGCACAAACUACAACAACUGAAAUUAAAGUUGAAUGAACACUGUACAGUAUGUAGCCUUCACAGAGGUUGGAUUUAUUGCAGUGAGGGUUGCCACGGUACGAUAACAGCCUCAGAAAAUACUGUGGUUUCAUGGUGUCAGUCAGAAUGAGCCUUAAAGGAAAGAAAACAGACGGGUUGUGUUUGGUUGAACAGAUGUUUUAUUACUGUAAUUGAAAGUUGAAAACAGAUUUUUAUGAUGGAAGUUUGUGUAAAACGUCUCCUCUUUGGAAAAAAACUCCAAGAGUUUCAGUCUCCAGUUGCAUUUUUUUUCCAGUAUCAUACAUAAGCAAAUGUACACUGUAGGAUAACCCUCAGUUUUCAUAUCAUGGUGUAGCUCAUUAUCGGUAUAUCGUUGCAACCCUAAUUGCAAUACUGUAUUCAGCUGCGUUGGUUUAAGCCAGAUGAACCUGAUGACACACUGACAGCUGAAUGUGAUCAUCAUGUUUGGACCUUUGCUUUUAAUGGUUAAUAUUCUGGAGAAUGUCCACUGGGGCUGGCUUCGUCUCAAACCUCCCAUUCUCUGUGAUCACCUGUGCUGUUUUAAUUCAGCCAAACUCACAAUAUAGUUUUUUCUACUGCACAUUUAUUUUCUGUUUGUGGAACCAGUACAAUAAAGGGAUUUGAUCGCAGCUCAUGAAUGGUAACUGCUGCCAUGCCGGGAUUUGGUUUUACGAUUAGGACUCGACAUCUGACAUCAUCAGCAUCAGUGGAGAUUAUUAAAGAAGAACUGCUGUAUGAUGGGAUGUGUCUGACUGAAAUAGACCGAGUGUCUGUAUGUUCAAAUGUCCGACCUCACACUUGGCGGAGUGGACUAUUGAACGACCUGUAAACAUACAUGUGGAUGAAACAUGUUUUCGGCCUUGGAUGUACAUUUUGUUUUUAUUAUGUUCUGUUGUUGGGAAUUAAAGUGUCUUUAAUCUUCA